AUGUUCAUCUUCAUUUUUCUGUCCUUGUGGACUCCUCUGGUGAUGGGCAGGGAGGAAGGUGGUGCUGGGAGUGAGGAGGGAGUUGGGAAGCAAUGUCAUCCCAGCCUGCCUCCCCCCUGCCCCUCCGGAUCCCCCAGUGCCCAGCCUUGGACACACCCUGACCACAGCCAGCUGUUUGCAGACCUGAGCCGGGAAGAGCUGAGGGCUGUGAUGAGCUUCCUGACCCAGCAGCUGGGGCCAGACCUGGUGGAUGCAGCCCAGGCCCGACCCUCAGACAACUGCGUCUUCUCAGUAGAGCUGCAGCUGCCCCCCAAGGCUGCAGCCCUGGCCCAUCUGGACAGGGGGAGCCCCCCACCUGCCCGGGAGGCACUGGCCAUCGUCUUAUUUGGCGGACAACCCCAGCCCAAUGUGACUGAGCUGGUGGUGGGGCCGCUGCCCCGGCCCUCCUACAUGCGGGAUGUGACCGUGGAGCGUCAUGGGGGCCCCCUGCCCUAUUACCGACGCCCUGUGCUUCUCCGAGAGUCCCAGGACAUAGAGCAGAUGAUUUUUGACAGAGAGCUGCCCCAGGCUGCUGGUGUCCUCCACCACUGCUGCUCCUACAAACAAGGAGGAAGGAACCUGGUGAUCUUGACCACAGCUCCCCGUGGUGUCCAGUCAGGGGACAGGGCCACAUGGUUUGGCCUCUACUAUAACAUUUCAGGUUUUGGGGUCUACCUGCACCCUGUGGGGUUGGAGCUGCUGGUAGAUCACAAGGCUCUGGACCCUGCCCAGUGGACCAUCCAGAAGGUGUUCUUUCAGGGCCGCUACUAUGAGAGUCUGGCCCAGCUGGAGGAGCAGUUUGAGGCUGGCCAGGUGAAUGUGGUGGUGAUCCCAGACAACGGCACAGGUGGGUCCUGGUCCCUGAAGUCCCAGGUGCCCCCGGGUCCAGCUCCCCCUCUGCAGUUCCAUCCUCAGGGCGCCCGCUUCAGUGUCCAAGGCAGUCGAGUGACCUCCUCAUUGUGGACUUUCUCCUUUGGCCUCGGAGCUUUCAGCGGUCCUAGGAUCUUUGACAUUCGCUUCCAGGGAGAACGACUGGCUUAUGAGAUCAGCCUGCAAGAGGUCCUGGUUGUCUAUGGUGGGAAUACCCCAGUAGCAAUGGUGAGCCACUAUGUGGAUCGAGGCUUUGGUCUGGGCAAGUUUGCCACACCCCUGACCCGCGGCAUCGACUGCCCCUAUCUGGCCACCUAUGUGGACUGGCACUUCCUUCUAGAGUCCCAAGCCCCCAGGACCCUACACGAUGCCUUUUGUGUGUUUGAGCAGAACGAGGGCCUGCCCCUGAGGCGACAUCACUCAGAUGCGUUUUCUCACUAUUUUGGGGGUGUUGUGGAGACACUGCUGGUCUUCAGAUCUGUUUCAACCUUGUACAACUCUGACUAUGUGUGGGAUGUGAUCUUUCACUCCAAUGGGGCCAUUCAAGUCAAAUUCUAUGCCACGGGCUUCAUCAAUUCAGUGUUCCACUUUGGCGCUGCCCGAAGAUAUGGAAACCAGGUUCGGGAGAACACACUGGGCACCGUCCACACCCACACUGCCCACUACAAGGUGGAUCUGGACGUGGGAGGACUGGAGAACUGGGUCUGGGCUGAGGACAUGGCUUUUGUCCCCACUGCGAUACCCUGGAGCCCCAAGCACCAGAUACAGAGGCUGCAUGUGACCCGGAAGCAGCUGCAGACAGAGGAGCAGGCUGCCUUCCCCCUGGGAGGGGCCUCCCCUCGCCACCUGUACCUGGCCUGCAAGCAGAAGAACAAGUGGGGACACCCUCGGGGCUACCGCAUCCAGCUGCUCAGCAUCCCUGGGGAGCCGCUGCCCCAGAACAGCCCUUUGGAGAGAGCCGUCAGCUGGGGAAGGUACCAGCUGGCCAUGACCCAGAGGAAGGAGACAGAGCCCAGCAGCUCCAGCGUCUUCAAUCAGAAUGACCCUUGGACUCCCACCGUGGACUUUGCUGACUUUAUCAACAAUGAGACCAUUGCUGGAAAGGACUUGGUGGCCUGGGUGACAGCUGGUUUCCUGCACAUCCCACAUGCAGAGGACAUUCCCAACACGGUGACAGUGGGCAACAGUGUGGGCUUCUUUCUGCGACCCUACAACUUCUUUGACGAGGACCCCUCCAUCAAUUCUGCUGACUCCAUCUACUUCCGAGAAGACCAGGAUGCUGGGUCCUGUGAGGUCAACUCCGUGGCUUGCCUGCCCCAGGUUGCUGCCUGUGCCCCUGACCUCCCUGCCUUCUCCCAUGCGGGCUUCUCCCACUAGGUGUUCCCUGGGAUGGGGAAUGUGGCUGGGGCCCCAGGGCCAGGGAAUGUGCGGAGAAGAAGGGCUGGGAGCUGUGGAGUCUGUGCGCUCUUCUCCCUCUUCACCCUCCAGGGUCCUUUCUCUCCCUUGCCUUCCCCUCCCUGCUGGGAGCAUCCUGAGCCUGUGCUGCCUGACACAGGGCCGUCUCAGCUCUGUGGACCCCACCCUGCGGGAUUCCUGUUGCAGAGAGGAAAGGAAUGGCCAGUGGGGAGUCUGGAAUGAUUAUUA